UAUCAUAUGGAUACUACGGUAACUAAUUUACAGCAGAAACGAAGACGAAGAAGGGAAAAGUGUUAAUCACCAUAAAAAGAUUCGUAAUCAUUUAUAAAUAAUUGUUACAAUAUGACCGAACUAAGAAAUCGAAAGAAAAGUGAUUUUGGUGAAGAAUUUAUUGAAGAUAUCUCCAACUUUAAUGAACCUGAGGAGAAGCCACAUGCAGUACCAAUAAUAUUAGCCAAUGAUGACCACACUUUUAAGCUAGAUGAAGAAGCUUUAAAAAAAGUAUUGUUAAAGGAAGAACUGAAAGACCGCUAUGUGGUUGUAGUGUCAGUGGCUGGUGCCUUUCGUCAUGGGAAAUCAUUUUUACUUGACUUUUUCCUUAGAUAUAUGAAUGUCAAGUAUGUACAGAAACAAAAUUCCUCAAACUGGAUAGGAUCAGAAGAAACUCCUUUGGAAGGAUUUUCUUGGCGAGGUGGAUCUGAACGAGAUACAACUGGAAUUUUGAUGUGGUCAGAGGUAUUUCUUACAGAACUUACCACUGGUGAAAAGGUAGCCAUUAUUCUGUUAGAUACACAAGGCACUUGGGACAGUAAAAGUACAGUGAAGGAAUGUGCAACAAUAUUUGCUCUAAGCACAAUGAUCAGUUCUGUGCAGAUUUAUAACUUAUCCAGUAAUAUUCAGGAAGAUGAUUUACAACAUUUGCAGCUCUUCACUGAAUAUGGCAGACUGGCGUUAGCUGAUUCGGGCAAGACGCCCUUUCAAAGACUUCAGUUUCUUGUAAGGGACUGGAGAUUUCCAUAUGAAGCACCUUAUGGUGCAGUGGGUGGUGCUCAAAUUUUGGAGAAGCGCUUAGAAGUUAGCGAUCAUCAACACUCGGAAUUGCAAUCUUUAAGGAGACAUAUACGAGCUUGUUUCUCCGAAAUAGCUUGCUUCUUAAUGCCCCAUCCAGGUAUUAAAGUUGCAACAAUUCCAACAUUUGAUGGAAGAUUAUCAGAAAUUGACCCGGAAUUUAAAGAUAAUCUAAAAAUACUUGUACCCAUGCUUUUGGGUCCUGACAACUUGGUUUUAAAAAAAAUAAAUGGCGAGAAAGUUAAAGUGCGAGAUUUCGUACAGUAUUGUAAAUCUUAUAUGCAAAUAUAUGAAGGCAAUGAAUUACCCGAACCAAAGUCUAUGCUUGUGGCCACUGCUGAAGCAAAUAAUUUGGCAGCAGUAGCCGAUGCUAAAGACACUUAUACUUUGAUGAUGGAAGAUAUUUGUGGUGGAGCAAAACCUUAUAUGAAAACUGAAAGAAUGGAAUCAGAACACAGGAUAGUUAAAGACAAAGCAAUACAACAAUUUCAAAAUAAGAAAAAAAUGGGUGGUGAGGAGUUUAGUGCUAUGUACAAAGAACAAUUGGAAAAGGAUAUUGAAGAGACAUUCUUACAGUUCAAGGCACACAACGAGAGCAAAAACAUAUUUAAAUCUGCAAGAACACCUGCAGUGUAUUUUGCUCUUGCUGUUAUAUUUUACGUUGCUUCAGGCUUCUUUGGGCUCAUUGGAUUAUAUUCACUUGCUAAUAUUUGCAACAUGGGAAUGGCAGUUGCGUUCAUUACAUUGAUGACCUGGUCAUAUGUUAGGUACAGCGGGGAAAUGAGAGAGGUGGGAAGCUACAUUGAUGAAACAGCAAAUUUCAUAUGGGAAAACCGAUCCUAUUUUAAAAAACGAAAACUGAGAAAACGACUUAAUGAAAACGGUUGUCCAAGGGUUCGUCGAAAACGGUAUGCAGCAAAUGGCUGUAGAAGUAGCUGAAAGGACAGCAUUAAAUGCCACCCGAAUAGCGGUGAACAAUGGAAUGAAAAAACAUUCAUGAUUUCCCCUUAAAUCCAAGACAUGUCUCCAUUAUAAUGCUUGAAUAUAGUUUCAAAAAUUAAUUUGUGAAGAUUUCUUCAACUUGUAUAUAAAUCUAUUCGGUUUGAGUGUUUUUAUUAAUUAACAUUGUAAUUUUAUUUGUAGGCAAUGCAUAGCCAACACUUGCAAUUACCGCUGGCUUCUUGUCAAAACUACUAAAAUUACCCUACCUAUAAAACCGUGGUACGCAAUGAUUUAAUUCUAUUCAUAUUAAAAAGAAGGCAGUGGAUAUCGCACUGAUGGUGUCGCCUGCAAAUGAUCCUAGAAAAAUAAUCAAGCGGAAAUACAAAAUAAAAAUGCACAAACCGUAAACUGAAGGACCUUUAUAAAAUGGAUUGUUAUGGGGUGUAAUUACCAAACUUUAGGGAACUUCAUCUUUGUAAUUCAUUCAAUCGUUGUGGGGCUUAUUGUACAUACAUAGGUGAAGUUUGACAUGGAUCUUUAUGUGAUAUAUAAUAGCAAUGUUCGUAUUAUUGAAUAUUUUAUUUAUUUAUUUUUGCUACAUAAAACAGUUUUUAUAUUUGGCUUAUCUUUAUGGCAUUUAUUUAAUUAUUGUACCUAAUUAUUUGUAAAUUUAUGUGUACCUUUAGCAACCACAUUUUUGCCAAUAUUGUAAGUGCAUAUCACUGUGAUAAUAAUUAGAAACCUUUUUUUUUUCAAUGAAUGAUUAAUCUUGAAUGAAGGCUGUUCCUUAAACAAAAAUGUAUCAAGAAGAAUUUCAAUCGAAUCUAUUAAAAUAUAGGUAAUAACUGACCAUGAAUGGCUAAUGGGGAUGAAUUAACAUUGACAUCAUAAAAGAAACCAUUGGCAAGUUGGAAUUAACCAAAAAGAUAUUCCUCAAAUUAAACAACUAAUUUUGAAAAUUGAUUUCUCUUCAGGUAAGGUAUAAUAAAACGACAAAUCUCCUUGAUGCAUUAUUUGUUACAAAAUUAAACUCCGCACUUACAUCUUACGUCUUUUAAAUAAUAUAAUUCCUCUUUCAGGUAAGAUUGGAAUUAAUGAGAUAUCCCUCUGUGCUCCUAUCCCAAUCCGUUCUAAAGAAGUUUUAUAUAUUUUUUAGAUUAUCUGUUCUUUUAAAACAUUUGUACAUUUCAAAUAAUUUGUGUUAUGGUUUUUAUUUGUGCAUUUUAAUUUGGUUAGUUUUAGGGGACUUCUUAGCUCACUAAUAAUGAUUGUUAUAUAUAAUUUGUUUAGCAUUGGGCCUUUGCUCAGCGGGUCAAAAUUGGGUGCCAUUGUUCGCCGUUUUUUUUUUGUUUUUUGUAAGUUCUUUUUUUUAUCCAGAGAUUUAUUCAUAUGUAUCUAAAAGAUGAUGCCUGGAAACAAAAAAAAUAUAAAUAUGUUUACACCAUUCAACUGUGUUAAGAUUUCAGGGAAAAUAUUUCUUGAAACGCUUGCAGGCUGUUCCGGGUUAUAGUCUAGAAAUCAGCUGGCAUUUUUGACCAUGAUCAGUAAGAACUCUAAAUGUUUUUCGAUAGUUCACUGAGUCAUCAUAAAAUGGGAAAAAUGGAUAUGAACCUCAGCAUUUGCGGUGGGUGUAGCCGCGGCGGACGCCCACACACGUACAAUAACUAUUUAAGAAAAAACAAUAUGCAGAAAGCUGAUACUUUUUUAUACGUUAAUCAUAUUGUAUAUAGUUGUAAAAAAUAGCCAGCUGACUGUACCAUGGUGUAUUAUAUGUCAGCUUGCAGCGUGAAAUACAACAAUAUCAAGAAGCUGAAAUUUGGCGAUAGUUAGUUUUAAUUAGUUCAUGAGCGUUAUGGAAAAAAUAGUCCGCUGAAUUUAUCGUGGUGUAAAAGUGCUCGGCUGGCAAUCAGAAGUUACAUUUUAUUGCUUCAAGCACUGGUGCGUGAUAUAUUUAAUUCAAUCGCAAAAAUUGCGCGAAUAAUAUUUUUCAGAUAACUGAUAAUUUAUCAUAUUAUAUUUGCAAUAUAUUUUUUAAAAUCGUAAUUAAUUUCUGUUUUAACAGAUAAUUAAAAAAUACUGUUCGCGGUUACUGUGCAUCAGUGGAAUUGUGCUAUGAUUUACGAUCGUAAUAUGGAUGAGUUCAAGCAUCUAGCAUCGUACUAAAUAUUACUUAUAUUUCGGACUGUUAAAAUUAUUACUUAUGUGUUGAUGUAAAAAAAUUUAAAGUUUUGGUUAGUUUUGUUUGUCCGUUUUAAAAUACUGUAGACAUAUUAACUUUGACGAUUUCUAUAAAGCUAAUGUAGCUAACUAUUUCUUUAUAAAAUUUCAGUUUUCUUGAUAUUUAUUUACGUAAUAUGGUUCACAUGUUUUCACAGUCGGCUGACUAUUUUCUUUAGAACUACAUAAGAAAAGUAUCAGCUGUCUUGAUAUUGAUAUUUUUUUUAAUAUUUCAUUUACUGUCAAUACGAAAUGAACAAAAGUAGAAAAUCUCAACCUUUUUCCCCAUAAUGACCCAAAAAUUGCAGCUGUCUCCCGGACUAUUGGUUUACGUUUUUACUUUUUUUUUACUGCGUCCUAAUAACAGCCACGAAUAUUGGGCCGAACGACCAGCACAUCUUCGGGCCAUUUAUUUGGUGUUUUAUGGAUCAGUUUUAAUAAAGGCUUCUUCGGUAAACUUUAUAUUAUCAACGGCGAAGUUUUCGGGACUAAAAUUUGAUUAGAAUACAGCAUACGACACAGAUUUGAAUUAAACAACUGCUAAUUUUGACUAUCGUAUUUACAUCUAAAUACUGCAUGGACCACAUUUCUGACCUGAUAUCCUUAAUGCUAUUUUGCUCUCUAUAAAUGAUUUAAUUUAAAACAUAUUUUAAUAUAACUGAAGAUGAAAAGGUGGGCAACUAAAUUUAACUAAUUCUUUAGUGAUGGUAUCGUUAUACGGCCAAAUGUUGUUAAAACUGUUUAUAAAUUAUUCUAUUUUGCAACGAUAAAUUGUGGCGAGAAUAUUUUUAAAUAAACAUGGGUCUGUAAGGUUAUAGCGUAAGAUUACUAAUUUACUUUCACACCCAAGUGCCUCCUAACUAGUAGUUAGUAUCUCAUAAGUUUGUCUUUUGUAAUUUAGUUAUGUUGAAUUGUUUAUUUGUUAAUUAUUUGUAUUACAUGGUGUUAGUCAAAAAUAAUGCAGGAAAAUAAGGGUAAAGAUAAUAAUGAUUUUCAUGAAUUGCGAUAUAUAUAUAUAU